AUGUCUGAGGACUUAUUGAUUCUAAAGUACAGUUUUAACUUGUAUUCUAAGGUGAAAGAUGGUGAUUAUGUCGUCGAUACAUCAGAUCAAGAACCAUUAGAUCAGUACCAUUCUUCACUCCAACCAUUACUACAAUUAAUUACUGAAAAUCAUGAACAAGAUAAAGUCAACUUUAACAAGAUUGUGGAAAUCCUAGAUCCUGAUAAUGUGAUUAAUGAUAGAGCUAAGGUUAUCUCAAUUUGGCAUCGGUAUAGUAGGUUAGAUGUGUUUGAAAGGUUGGAAUAUAACGCAUUGGAAUUAAACGCUACUGCAAACAAUUUUAUUAAAUAUUUGUACACCUGUUGGAACUCAAAUUAUUCUUCUUCCCACAUUCAGAUUGAUGAUAUACGGACCAUGUUCAUUACUAUGGUAAACCUUAGCGUAGAUCCAACUAAGUUAAUAAAUACUGAAUUUCGAAUUCCACCUGUUGAAGAGAUAUCAUUUAGUACCUUACUUGGACAAAAUAAGAGACCAAAUAAGAUAAACAAAUAUAUUGGCCUCUUUCAACCUCAAUCCAGAAUCAGAAGUGGCAUGCAUCAAGCAUCUGAUUUCAUCAAAUUUAGUUUAAGAUUUGAUCUCAAAACUUACGACAAGCUUACCUUUAAUAUUAGGAUUCCAACUUUACACUCAUAUUUUGAUUCAGUUUUGGAACAAGGAAACGUAAAUGCUUUCAAUACCAAUACCUUAAAUCUUAUAGAACCAUCGUUGACUAAGAAUAUUGGCUUGACUUUAGAUGCUAAACCUACUGGUGUUUCUUUAGAAAUGAAAGGAAAUUUGUUUAACAUCGUUCCAGACGGAAAAAUUAAAAUAGAUGAAGCUCACACUAUACCAAUUGAAAUUAAAAAAGAUUUGAGUCUUGUUUAUAAAAAAUUUAAAGAGAGUACCGAUCUUAAGUGGAAACUCCCAUUUUGUCAAGUCUACUCUCAACUCUUUAGAGAGUGUUUGGCUUGUGAAAGUUUUUUUGGCUUCCUUAGUGAUGGUUCUAUGAUUUUAUUCGUAAAAUUCAUGAUUGGUGAUGAUCUCGAAGUGGAACAUCUGAAUGUUGGUAAACAGAUUUAUUAUAAAAUCCCUUGUCAAAUUUAUGAAAUUUACCUGAAUCUUGAAUUCCUAAAUUGUGUUGUUUAUGCUGAAAGAUUUACACAAGAUUCCAAGGAAAAGCUUACGAAUGAUGUUGUAUCUAGAUCAUUUUGCCUGGAAAUAUCUCCAAGGUAUACACUUAUCAAAUCAUACCGUAAAAAAUUCCAAAUUGCCUUAGACUUUGUAGCAAACAAAAUUAAUAAUUAUGUGGAGGAGGAACAUGAAAAAUCCAAUGCCAAUAUAUUAGCCAUUGUAAAUGAUCCAUCAUCAACUACUACCAAACGCACAAAGUGUGUUGAUAACGAGUAUGAAACUGCAAUCAAACCAAAGUACAUGGAAGUACUUUUUGAACUAAAGCUGAUGUAUGGUGAAAAAUUUGAAUCUAUUUCAAUAGAAAAUGAAAUGAAUAAAGCCAAUAUUGUUGAUAUUUUAGGUGGCAAAAAUAUUUUUAAAAAUAAUGGAUUGGUUGUAUCACUGUUAGACAUGAAUAACUUGGAAAAUUUAAAUUUCAAAGGUUUCCAAGGCUUCUUUAUCAGCAUGCAAUACUUAAAUGCAGUUACUCUUAAUUCUUUAAAUACCAGUGAAUGGCAGUUUUAUAAAUCAAGCAUUAUAAGUAAUCUUAAAGAUAUCCAUGCUAAUAAUAUGUGCCAUGGAGAUUUGUUUCCUGGAAACAUACUCGUUUCUAAAGUCAAGAUCGGUUCAUCAUACUUCCCUAUAGCUUAUUUUAUUGACUUCGGAAGAAGUAAACUUGGUAAACUUAGAGAUGGAAUGCUGUUUGAAAAUAUUACCUCUAAACCGGCACAGGUGUUGGAGGGUAUAGCUAGGGAUAACUUUGUUAUUGGUAAUUUAUUUUCAGCUGCAGUUGUUGAUGAUAUUUUAUUAAAACCAAAUUUUGAAAUUGAACUUUCAGAUAAUUCAAUCGCAUGUCUGAAAUUUCUUAUAUCUCAAGAACAGUUAUCGAAUUAUUUAACUCAAGAAUCAAGUGACGUCCAAGAAUUUAAUUUAGAAGUCAAAAACACAGUAGAUCCAGAGAAUCGUUUCAACGAUCCUAUCAGAUUAGCUAAAAUCUACCACAGGCUCCAGUAUAUUGAUGUUUUUAUGCCACUAGAAAUCUCAUCAUGUGAACUUAAUAUUGUCAUUAAUAACUUUUCAGAAAAAUUAGCCAGGGAAUUGGAUAAAUCAUUAAUUGAUCCUAUACAGAUCCAAGAGAAUUCAAAUCAACAGCAAUCACAGACAUUAGAGGAAGAUCAACUUGAAAUUAAUAUUGAAUUGCUGCGAGAAAAUCAAUCAAGUGAUUAUCCUGCUAAAGAUCAAUCUUAUAGUGCUGAUGAUCAAUCAAGUGAUUAUCGUGCCACUGAUGAAUCAACAGAUAAUCGUGCUAAUCAUCAAUCAACAGAUACUCGUGCUAAUGAUGAAUCAGAAGAAUCUAGUAUUGUCAGUUCGGCAGGGUACAGCAUCUCUUCGGUAGUACCAGGAUCUAUUGAAGCUUAUUCCGAUAAACCAUCAAAUAAACAUCAUGAAAGAAUAAAUAGACUUAACGAAUAUUUAGAUUUCUACGACGGUGUUCGGAGCUCUGAAGAUUUCCCUGACUUAGUUGAAAAGAUUCAGAACGAUCUUGAAAAAUCAAAUGUGGAAUUUUUUGAGAAAAACUCAAUAGAAAGGAUAUCGUCUUCAUUAAGAAGAAAACUUGGAUUAACAGUUGGUCGUGAAAAGAAAAUAGACUUUGUUCUUGAGUCAGAGAAGUUUCAUGUAACUCCAGACUUCACAUUCAUUAUGAAAGGUAAACAAAUUCCAGUUGAAGUAAAAAGUGAUCUAGUUAAUCUUUUUCAUGAAUAUGACGAAAAAGAUUUAGUUAAUAAGAAAAAUGAACCAUUCAUUAGUGUCAUAUCCCAAUUGUUCAGAGAGUGUAUUGCUUGCAAUCACUACUCUGGAUUUAUCACGGAUGGUAUAAUAACUCUUUAUGUUGAUUUUGAUUUAUCUGCAGAUCUAAAAGUAGUAGGAAAUAUUGGUCACUAUCAGUCUAUCAUUAGACGUUUUCAAUCUGACUUGCAAAAGAUUACCGAACAACUUAACUCAGUGAUGGCCGAAGUCAACGUAGCUACUGCCAGCAAGAUUGGUAAUAUAGAAUCAAGAUAUAAAACUGCAGAUGUUCUUUCAAGCAGUCAAACUAUUAAGGAUACCCCACCAAAACUUAAUACAAGACAUUUUCAAUUAAUUCAAACCAUUAAGAAGUCAUACGGUUCACGCUUUACUAGUGAAUCUGCAGCCAGCUUAUUUGGUAAGAUCAAUGUUUUGGAAAUUCUAAGUGGACAUAAAAUGAAUACCAAUAAUGCCCUUGUACUUAAAGUUAUGUACCAGCAGGAAUUACAUGUAUUAAAGAUAUACGAUCCCAUAUACACAAAUUCAAUCAAAAGACAAAAGUUUCGUUACCAUGAUACUAUGAAUGAUUGCAGUCGUUCAUUUGUAAGAGAGUGUAUAUCUUAUGAUAUAUUAGAAGGAAAAGAUUUCAUUCCUGAAGUGGUUGCGGUUGGAAUUUUAACAAGUCAGAAGCAUGAUAUUAUGGAAAAAUUCCCGUUUAUUCAAAAGAAGGUGGCCGAAACAGUUGAAAGAAGUUUAGAUAUAGAGAAGGCAGGUAUUGCCCAUGGUGAUAUAUUUGGAAAGAAUAUAUUAGUCCAGCAUCGUGGAAAAAACAAUGUACCAUAUGCUACUGCAAAAAGAUUCAAAAUCAUAUUUAUUGAUUUUGGUCUUAGCAGAAUCUCAAAGGCCAGGAAAGUAGUUAAGUAUGUACCAAUCGCUGCAAGUGCCAAUAAAAUGGAAAAGGCUAAGAAUAGAGAUAAAGCGUUGCUUAAAAGAUUACUUGGAAUAAGCAAAAGGCAGAAAAUUUAA